AAAAACUUAACUUUUUUACCGCAAAAUGAGAAAAACAAUAGAAGAAAAACAAAAGUGGCGUGAGGGAAUAAUAGUGCGCCAUUACUCCCCCCGUGGCAAGGAACGUAAUUUUGUUAUAGGGGUAAUAAGGUCAAUCAACAUAUGAUCGGGAGAGAGAGAUGUCUUGUUGCGCAAGCUAAAUGUAACAACUAACGGCACCGCUUUUAACCAACCGUUUAUAACGUUGGAGUUAGAGAGAGAGAGAAACGACGACGACUCUGCUUUCUUCCACAUUUUCUCUCUCUCACAUUUUCUCGCACUUUCUUUCCUUCCACUGUGUGAUGGCGGCGCAGGUAGAGAUCGAGGACCAAGCAUCCAUCACCGAACUCGAUAACGGCGAAAUUCUCGAUCCCCUCUCCUCCUCCUCCUCCGACUCAACGAUUCUUCUCGGCGAAGGAAACCAAGAACACCACGUCAUCACGAAAUGUUUCCUCUCCGGCUUCAACGCCACUCUCGCUAACCCAACCACCACGAUCGUCGCUAUACGUAAGAAAUCAACGAACACGAUCACCACGAGAGCCAAGUCUCUAGCCUUCCGCAUCUUCACAGAAGCCAUGGCGAGGAAGAACGGCGGAGAUCCCAACGUGAAAUACGCCUGGUACGCUGGCUGCUCUCGAGAACAGCUCGAACGCGUCAUCUCCUACGGAUUCAGCAGCCGCGAGAUCGAUGAUGAUGAUGAUUCGUCUCAUGGAAUCGGAAUCCAUCUCGUUCCUUCUAACUUCUCCCUCUUCGCAGCGGAAGGUACGGAGGAAGACGAAGAAGGUUUAAGGCAUCUUCUCUUGUGCCGUUUGAUUCUUGGGAAGCCUGAGGAGAUCAUCCCCGGGUCCAAACAGUCUUACCCUAGCUCUGUUGAAUUCGAUUCCGGUGUGGAUGACGUUCAGAAUCCUAGAAAGUAUAUCGUAUGGAGCUCUACCAUGAACUCCUACAUCAUGCCUACUUAUAUCCUCACUUUCAGGUCUCCUCGUCUCACAGUUGUAAGCAGAGGUGGUUCUCCGGCUACACCAAGCUCUCCGCGGGUUAGUUUUGCUGCUCUGGUGUCGACGCUGUCCAAGUCGAUGGAUACUUUGAGAAUGAACUUGAUCAUGAGCACUUACGAUGAUUUUAGGAAACGGAAGAUUCAGAGAGAUCAAUUGGUUAGGAAGGUGAGAGAAGUGGCUGGAGACAACCUUUUGGCUCAGAUUAUCAAGAACCACGGAGACAAAAACAGGGUCAGGGUUUAAACAGGCAGGAGAAAGGUUCUCACGUGUGACGCGUAAUAUGAUGGGGUAGAAGAUCACACACGUUAUAUACAGGCAUAGACAGACUCAAUUAGUUGUGGAAACUAUAUCAAGAGUUUUAAAGCUUUUUGUUUUCUUCUUUCUGUUAGCUUUACAAACAGAGGAUCAUCCCUUUAUGAUAUGAAAACGUAGAAAUUCAAUUCAAUGUAUUUUGUAUAUAUUUGCUUCAAGCCGAGACACAAUACACAUAAAGAGAGAUAGAUGUUCA